GCCCGCGCAGCGGGUCCAGGCCGCAGUCAUGGCCGCCACGUCGGGCUCAGCUCGCCUGCAGCGCUGCAUGGUUUCGCCGGCUGGGAGGCACAGCGCCUCGCUGAUCUUCCUGCAUGGCUCAGGUGAUUCUGGACAAGGAUUGAGAACGUGGAUCAAGCAAGUUUUAAAUCAAGAUUUAGCAUUCCAGCACAUAAAAGUUAUCUAUCCAACAGCUCCUCCCAGGCCAUAUACUCCUUUGAAAGGAGGAAUCUCCAAUGUAUGGUUUGACAGACUUAAAAUAUCAAAUGACUGCCCAGAGCACCUUGAAUCAAUUGAUGUAAUGUGUCAGGUACUUACAGAUUUGAUUGAUGAUGAAGUAAAAACUGGCAUCAAGAAGAACAGAAUAUUAGUAGGAGGAUUUUCUAUGGGAGGGUGCAUGGCAAUGCAUUUAGCAUAUAGAAAUCAUCAAGAUGUGGCAGGAGUAUUUGCUCUUUCUAGUUUUCUGAAUAAAACAUCUGCUGUUUACCAGGCUCUUCAGAAAAGUGACGGUGUUCUUCCUGAAUUAUUUCAGUGUCAUGGUACUGCAGAUGAGUUAGUUCUUCAUUCUUGGGGUGAAGAGACAAAUUCAAUGUUAAAAUCUCUGGGAGUGAGCACAACGUUUCAUAGUUUUCCAGGUGUUUACCAUGAGUUAAGUAAAGCGGAACUAGAGAAACUAAAGUCAUGGAUUCUUACAAAGCUACCGGACUAAGUCAAGAUUGAUGAGUUAAUAUACAAGUAAUGUCUUUAUGAACAGUGUUUUCUACUGUCUAGUUCUGAUUUGAUGAAUACUUAUUAAAAUAUUAAGAAAUAUCAACAGUUUACUGACUUACUUGUUUUUGACAUACUGAGCACCAUAGGGAGUAGUGUGAUCUUAUUAAUGGUAAACAUUAAUUUGGGCAAACAUCUGUGUAUUAUUUGUCAAAUUCUUUUUAAAUAUUUGGAGGCCUUGUAAAUAAUUGAAUAUUGAAAUUUUACAAUAAUUAAACUAGCUUAACAGCAGUGAGAAAUCAUGAAAAGAUUUUAGCAUGGUAUUAUUUUCAUUAUCAUUUUCUUUAAAUUGCCUUUUUAAAAAUAUGUUUAUGUAUGUAUUCACAUUUAUUUUAUUUUUGAAAGAAUAAAAUCAGUGCAUGUAUGCUCAGUCGAUCAGUUGUGUCCAGCUCUAUGUCAUGCUUAUGGGAUUCUCCAGGCAAGAAUACUGGAGCAAGUUGCCAUUUCUUCCUCCAGGGGAUCUUCCCGACCCAGGGAUCAAACCCAUAGCUCCUGCAUUGGCAGGCAGAGCCAACAGGGAAGCCCAAAUAACAUUGGACCCCAUGUUUACAAAGUGGUUUCCCAUUAUCUCACCUGAUCAUCACUAGAGCUUGAUGAAGUAAGCAGAACCAGUUGUUCCUGGUAUUUGAUAAUAGUGAUAGAAGGAAUACAGACUUUCCCAAAGCCUCAAGAGUGAAGACUAAAACCCAGGCUCUCUGGUCCCAGCAGAGCUCCUGUUCUCUGAACCCAGACUGCUGCUCCGCUCCAACCCUAGGGUUCCAGUUGCUCUCCGGACCCUAGUCAGUGCUCCGUAUGGCCCGUCUUUUAAAAAAAUUUUGUCCAUUCUAGUGGGUAUAUAGUAUAACACUUUGUGUUUUUAAUUUGCUUUUUCUUAAAGCAAUUUUUAUAUGCUCAUUUGCAAUCUGUAUAAAGUCUUUGAUGAUAUCUUUAUUCAUAUCUUUCGUGUGUGUUUUAUUAGGCUGUUUUUCUUAUUGCAUUGUAAGAGCUAUUUAUAUAUGCUGGAUAAAAAUCCUUUGUUAAAUAGAUGUUUUACCAAUAUUUUCUUAAUCCAUGGCUUGCCUUAUUUUCUUUAGAGUGUAAUUCAAAGAACAGAAGUUUUUAAUUUGAUGAAGUCCAGUUUAUUCAUUUUUUAAAAUUUAUAGUCUGUGCUUUUGAAGUCCUAUUUAGGCAGUCUUAAGAAAGCCAAGGUCACUAAAAUUUCCUCAUAUUUUCUUCAACUAAAAUACUCCUUUAGUGCUAUAAAUCUUCCAAGUUUUGUAUUAGAAGCAUCCCACGGUUUUUAUAUUUUGUGUUUUCACUUUCAUUCAGGUCAAAUCUUUCUAAAUUCCCUUUUGAUUUCUUCUUUAACCUUUGGGUUGUUUAAAAUUGUGUUAUUUUGUUUCAAUAUACUGGCAAUUUUCUAAAGAUCUUUGCUGUUGAUUUCUAAUGUAUGGUUAAGAAAGUAUUUUUUAUAUGAAUUGAAACCUUUUAAAUUUAUUGUGACUUUUUUUAUAGCCCAGAAUAUGGUCUGUCUUGGUGUUUUGUGUACCCCUGAAAACAGUACAUGCUGCUCAUGUGAGGUGGCAUAUUCUAUACAUAUCAGUCAGGGCAAGUUGGUUGAUAUUUUUGUUCAAAUAUACUGUACCGUUACCUAUUUUCUGCCUCUUUAUUUUAUAAAUUAUUGCAAGAGGAGGAUUGAAAGUUCUAACUGUAACUGUGAAUUUGUUUCACUUGGCAAUUCCUUCAGGUUUUGCUUUAUGUAUUUUGAGACUGUUAUUAAAUGCAUAAACAUGUAAGACAAUUAU